ACUAAUAGUGAAACCAACAUGGAUUUAACACCAAAGACGUUUAAAGAAAGGCGUUCGUUCAUACAACGAGUUGCUGAGGUACAAAUGCUUAAAAUGAAUUAUCCAAAUAAAAUACCUAUUAUUGUUGAACGAUAUUCUGGAGAAAAACAAUUACCUGUGUUGGACAAAUUUAAAUUUUUGGUGCCAGAUUACUUAACACUAGCAGAAUUUAAAAAAUUAAUUCGACGUAGGCUACAACUUCACCCAACACAGGCAUUUUUUCUAUUAGUAAACCAAAUAAGUCUGGUAAGUGGUAGUAUGACUGUGGCACAACUUUAUCAAAGAGACAAAGAUGAAGAUGGUUUUCUUUAUAUAGUAUUUGCUAGCCAAGAAGUAUUUGGCCAUUAAAUGCAUCAAUACUAUAUAAAAGUAUUCCAAUUUAUGGGUUGGAAAAAAAAAUUUUUCGGAGAUAUACUAUGUGCUAAAUAUUUUUAAGGAUCCUUAGAAAAAGUUUUAGAUCUACUAUUACUUGUGUCUGCCUUUAACAAAAUACGCAGAAUCUUUGUGAUCAAUUUGCAGUAUCCUCUAAAAUAAUUAACAGAACAAUCACAAUUGACACUUGUGUGCAAAAUUAUUAUGGUGCUUUGGACCUUUGGCAUAUGCAUCUAUGAAAUAACAUAUUUCAUAUGUUAAUGUAUAAGAUUAACUUAGUUUGUUAUUAAUGAUAGUACUUAUUAUUUUAAAGAAUGACAAACUAAAACAAUGAGGUGUUAAACAUAUCUAAAAAUAUCAUACAUAAAUUUUACAAAUUAAUAUCAUUAGAUCGGAUGUAUUCACUUUCAUAUGCAUCUUACGAGUGUAAUAAAUUUUAAAUAUGUAUGAAAAAAAGUACCAUUGUACAAAUAAUAGAGUACGAGUAGUGACCAGUUAUACAUGACAAAUUCUGUAUUGUAUCUACAAACAAAACUGAAAUCAAAUUUAGGUUUUGUAUUUUUACUGUUCACAAAUAGCACAAAGAUAUCUAAUGCGCAUCCAAAGAAUAUCUGCUUUGGAUGAUCCUUACGUUCAGAGGACGUCCUAAUAAGGCAACUAUAAUAUUUAAGUAUUUCUCUAUAGUUGUUAUUGACUUUGCAUUAAAUUGUGGAGUUUCUUUGUUUUCAGAAAAUUUAAUAUAUAUAUUAUUUUUAUUAAAUAUUGCGUUUGCAAAUAUUUCUAUGUUUAAAAAUUAGUUUAAUAACUAAAUUUAUUAACUUACCAAAAAUUAAAUGAUUCCCCAGAUUGUUUUCUGCAUUUGUCAUUAAGUUUGUACCAUUAACGAAUGUAAUGUCCGUACAUAUAACUGAAAGCAAUCAUUUUUUUACAGAGAUAUAAUACUUAUAAAAAGAAAAAAAUUGAGAUACUAUAAGUAAUACAUAUGUACAUAAUAUUUUAUAUAACGUAAAUGUAUCUUUAAUUUACAUAUACAUACCUAAUUUUUCGUUUGUUUGUAAUGUAAGAAGAGUGUAUUGAAUCAAUUGAUUCAUCAUUUUUUUAGCUAAUGAUAUUAAAUAUAAUAAUUUUAUACAGGCAACUUCGUUGUAUAACAUAAAAAUGUGUUCCUCUUGAAAUUAUUCGAUUCUAUGCGAAACAUUUUUCGCUGCGCGUAAUAAUAAUGAUGGAAAUCGAGGUGGUAAUAUCUGAUGUCUUACCAUCUAUAUGUUAUAUGUAUUGACAAUAUUAAUUAUACUUGUUAAUAUUGUAAAAGAUUAAGAAGUUUGCGAGAGUUACAAAAUUCACACACAAAAUACAAAUCUCAAGAAUGUAUUUGUAGAACUUUGGAGAUGAAUAAUUCUAAAACAUUCGAAAUUUAAGUUCUAAGAACAUGAAAAAGGACAUGAAAAGGACGUCCUCUGAACAUAUGAUGCUAUCUGGAUUGUUACGCGAAACGUGUACAAAAUUAUUAUUAAUAUAAGUCAUAAUUUACAAAUACAGUAAAAAAUUCAAAUAUUUAGUGUGGGUAUAUGAAAUUUUAAGUGAUAAAUUUUUUUACAUUAUUCAGAAUG